GACACCGCUCACUGAAAAGCAAAAGGGGCCGCGCGUUUAGUGUGGGUUAUGGAGAAGGAGUUUUCUAAUUAAUUAUUAUUUUUAUUCCUUUUGGAUGGGGAAAAGCGGCACCGCGGAGAGUUAAAACGGUACCGCGGAUGUAAAAACGAUGCCGCGGGAGGCCUUGAUAAGCGGUGCCGAUUAAAUAAAAAAAAUCAUAUCGGGUAAGUGAAGGGCCUAAAUCCUGCCCAGCCCAAUGCGAGUGAAAACUCUCGGCGGUUCAGUGAAUUGGAAUUUUUUGGCUAUGUUAGCGGUGUCGUUUAAUUAAAAACGGUACCGCGAGUAAGCCCAACGGUACCGCUGUAUUAGCAAACGACAGUGUUUAAUAUAAAACAAUGUCGUGGAGUAAAAAAGCAAACAGAGCUGUUUGGGGAAGAAAACGACAUCGCGUGAGAUUCACACCAACCCAAGCGAAGAGGAGAUCAAGACGGUUGAGACACGUGGGAGUUCACAACGGAGCAGUUUAGGAAGCGGUUCCACCUAGCGUGAAGACUACGAAGCGGUUUUUCGAAUAAAAGCAGUGGAGCAAGGAGAGAGAAGGGGACAACCAAAUCAACACAAAAACAAAUAUGUCAAACUUUACCUUUUUUCUCUGUAACUCCUUCGCGGAGCUCUCCUUCCAGGAAGGAUCUCCAUAGGUGUAGUCUUAGUCGUAGUCGCGGAGCUCUCCACAGGAAUCUCCAUAGGAGUAGCGAUAGCAUAGAUUCCUCAAAACUCAAACACCCUCGUUCGAACGUAGUUUGGAGAGGUGCUAACCGUAGUAACGGUCGUUCUUGGUUAGAAGUCAGAGGUGCAUCGAUCAAAUCAACACCGCCCAGCGGUGGAUAUUUGACGGUCACGUUGAUUUCACCAUUUAGAGGUGUAUCGAUCAAAUCAACGGCGCCGACAUUCGGCGGCGGAUAUUUGACGGUUUUCUCGAUUUCAGCAAUCAGCGGUGCAUUCUAUCAAGCGGCACCGCAGGAGUUUCCACCGCGAAACAUCAAAUCAACAUCGCCGGAAACGAAUUCGGCACCGGCGGUGGCAUUUGGUUUUUCCGAUGAAACAGGUUACAGCGGCGGCGCCAAAGACUGAGGUAGUAGUGGUAGUACCGCCUGAGACUGAGGCGUGUUGUGGGAAAUUGUACCUGGCGAUGGCGCCAGGACUAUGGCGGGUCUGCUGGCGUAUUGCUGGCUACCCCCCUAUAAAACCUGCGAAUUUUGUUUCAGUUAUUCACCACACAAAAAAAAAUCAACGAAGUUUGAGGAGGAGAAGCUCUGGUUGCUGCUACAAAAAAUGACUAAUAGGUAAGAGACACAUUUAUUUUGUUUUUAUUAUAUUAUUCAAAUACUAUUAUGAUUUUCUUUAGAUAAUUAGUGAGUUUGUUAUUUUGUAGUGAUUUUAGAAGAUUUGAACUAGUCGUUUGGUGGAAAUCGGAGAAAGUAGAUGAUAAUUUGGGCGUCAAAUCCGUUGGUGGUAGUAGUUUAAGUUGACGCUUCCAUCCAGGGUGACGUAUCACAAACUAUGUGAGAAUCUAAUUCCGAGAAUACGGCGUAGAGACGAAGCAGUACAAGAUAGUGAUGUUAUCACAUGUUUCACUUACCGUCUUCCAGAAUGACAGAAUGGUGUUUUAUUUCAUUAUUCGAUGCCUAUUGUGGAUGAUGAUAGUUUGACUGUGCUUUUCGAUUUUAUGGCACAAACCCUUAUUGUUUAGGUGCUGAGAUACAUGUUGAACUCAAUGAGAAUAGGGAUGAAGAGGAAGAAGAUACAUGGAGCAUGCCAUCCGAUCAUGACGAUGUUGACGGAGAGGAGGAUGAUGCGGAAGAGGAGGAGGAGGAGGAUGUCGAAGGAGAGCAGCCUAAUUAUCCUCCAUAUUUUUACUUGCAGGGUAAUGAAGAGGACGACGAAUUAUCAUAUGUUAAUUCAUAUGGCGUAAUUCCAAUGCCCGUUGUUGCUAGUUUUGAAGGAGAAUUAUACAAGGGGCAGAUAUUUCACUCGAAACAAUCUGCACAGGUGGCGAUUAAAUACCACGCACUACAACGCAACUUUCAAUAUGGCGUGGUGGAGUCGUCACCUUCAAUCUGGAAGGUCAGAUGCUUGAAGCACAAGGAUAACAAUUGUCCUUGGAUGGUGCGGUUUGGAUGUCGAGAUGUUGGAAGAGAAUGGACUCUCAGAAAGGCCAAGUUGGUGCAUUCUUGUAGCAGUACGACUCAACUGACGGAUCAUCGCCAUCUUGAUGUCGAUAUUAUAUCUAAGGUCGUCAAACAUUUGGUACGUGCCCAACCAAAUAUGAUUGUUCUAACUGUGCAGGCCGAGUUGAAAGAUAAGUUUAAUAUGCAAGUUACUUACAAGAAGGCUUGGUAUGAGAAACAAAGAGCAUUGGAGAAGUUGCAUGGAAAUUGGGAAGAAUCCUACGAUUAUUUGCAAACAUUCUUGCGGGUGGUAAAGAGAAAAAUGCUAACAUCAGUGAUUGAUUGGGUAAGAGUUCUUUCAGCUCAACAAGGUCAUUCGAUCUUUCAGCGAGUAUUCUGUGUUUAUGGACCUUGUAUAGAUGGAUUCAAGAAUUGUCCAGGAGUCAUGGUUGUUGAUGGAACAUUUCUUACUGGAAAGUAUAAAGGAGUGCUACUCAUGGCGAGCUCAUUUGAUGGCCGGAAGAAGAUUUUUCCAAUAGCAUUUACCAUCGUGGAGAGCGAGAAUACUGAAAGUUGGCCAUAGUUCAUAAAUCACGUUCAAGGUUUGACCGAUCGAAAUGAUGUCUGCAUCAUCUCGGAUAGACAUGCGGGACUCUAUGAAGCCAUGGGUGACAUCGGAAGAGGUUGGGAGUGGAGGUGGUGCAUGCGACACUACGCAAACAAUUUGCAAAGAAAGACUAAAAGCAAAA